GUCGGUUCGCGCAAGCAUCGAAGCGAAGGACACUGGGUAGGUGGUCACCCCAUAUAAGGUGGGUGUGUUCCAGAAAAUAUGUUGGCAAGCGUUGAACGUGCUCAUUCCUUCUCAGACCUUCUCAGCCUGUUUCAUCUUUACCAUCUGCUGGCAGACCAUUCCAUUCAUUCAAGGAUACAACUGUUAUAACUGUCAAAUUUACAGCUUAUUAAACAUGAGAUUUACCGCACUUACCCUAUUGGCACUUGGUGCCUCGGCCACCGCAUACGUCGUUAAUGACAAGAAGAUCGUGGCUGAUAAUGCUGUUGAGGCACGUGUAGCAGGAAGCGGCCCAGUCCGCGCAUCCGCUCUCGUAGCUGCUAUGCAAGCCCGCGACCCAGAGCCCCACCACAAGGGUAAAGGUCGCAAGAACAACAAGCGCGAGGUUGAGAUUGAGGUCCGCGAGCCUCACCACAAGGGCAAGGGCCGCAAGAACAACAAGCGCGAACUUGAGAUUGAGGUCCGCGAGCCCCAUCACAAGGGCAAGGGCCGUAAGAACAACAAGCGUGACGAGGCCGAUGAGACCGAGGUCGAUGAGGACGAGGCCGACGAGGUGACCAAGCGCGAGCCUCACCACAAGGGCAAGGGCCGUAAGGGUAACAACAAGCGCGAGGUCGAAGUUGAGGCUCGUGAGCCCCAUCACAAGGGCAAGGGCCGCAAGAACAACAAGCGCGAGGUCGAAGUUGAGGCUCGUGAGCCCCACCACAAGGGCAAGGGCCGCAAGAACAACAAGCGCGAGGUUGAGGUUGAGGCCCGCCAGACUUUCGACCAGGCUGCCGAUGAUGCUCACUGGGCUGACCUUCACACCCGUGACGCUGAGAUCGAGGCCCGCGAGCCCCACCACAAGGGCAAGGGCCGCAAGAACAACAAGCGCGAGGUUGAGGUUGAGGCCCGCCAGACUUUCGACCAGGCUGCCGAUGAUGCUCACUGGGCCGACCUUCACACCCGUGACGCUGAGGUCGAGGCCCGCGAGCCCCACCACAAGGGUAAGGGCCGCAAGGGCAACAACAAGCGCCAGACCUUCGACCAGGCUGCUGAUGACGCUCACUGGGCUGACCUCCACACCCGUGACGCUGAGAUCGAGGCCCGCGAGCCUCACCACAAGGGCAAGGGUGGCAAGAAGGGCAACAACUAAUGGUUGUCGUUGAUGAGACGGCUCUGACUGCAGUGCAGUCAUGGUCUGAGAUGAAAUAGGGUGCAGUGGCCAGAGAGAGAGUGUUGUUAUAGUUGCGCUUGGAAUUCUACCUGUAAAUUGUACAUGGCCAUUAGCCCAAGCUCUAAUGAAUGAUUUUUUGUACUACAACGUGGCGGACGAGUCGAGAGAAGUGACUACUUGAGCGUGCGGG